AUGACUUGUGAAACUCCUCUUGAACCAAUCGAGAGCGAACCUCUUACAAAAAUCAUCGGCGGAACAGAUGUGCCGAUCGAUGCGCAUCCUUAUUACGCGAACUUUGAUUUCUCCUGCGGAGGAACAUUGAUCACAAUGUUUGAAGACGGCUCUCACGAUUUUGUGCUGACUGCUGCACACUGUUGUUUCGGUACAAAUAUAGAUGAUGCCCUUGUGCUUCUAGGAGUCUCAGUCAUCGACCGUGUUGAACCUUGCAGUUUGGACCUUGAGUUGCAAGACUUCAAAAUUCACGAAAAUUACGAUCAUUUUGAUUUCAACAGUACUGACGAGACUGGAACUCCUCAUGACAUCUGUCUUCUGAAAAUUCCCAAUGUCAAGGAGUCGCUUAUCAAUCAGUACGGGCCUGACGGCCCAGAGACUUGCGCAUCGAAGAUAUCCCCUGCAUGUCUUCCAGCAGACCAUGUUGCCGACGGAUCUUACUGCAAGGUAGCAGGUUAUGGGGUUGGUAACGAGCCAAGUCAUCUUUUGAAUGAAGUCGGCGUCUACACAUUUUCUAACGAGUACUGUGAAGCGACGAAUAUGAUAAGUUUUGAGCCAACAACCUGGGAGACACAGUUUUGCGCUGGAAUACCCGAUUUUGAUGGCGAUGGACAAACUGACGGCGGCGAUACUUCUUUUGCUUUUCUCAAUACACUUAGCAUGUAA